UUGGCUGCUCUUUCCUGUAGAAGCUGCUUGCUUUGACUCCUCACGACAAACUAAAGAAGCAAAAUGAAGCGAGUAAUUGUAGCUGUUCUGGCUCUUUGUUUGACUCUUUGUGCAGCUGACACUUGCACAGAGCCUGUGAUCUCCACCUCAUCAUACACAACAGCUGAUGCAGUGAUCUCCUCUGAGACAGUCUUCAUUGUUGAGCUGAGCCUGGCAUGUGGAAAUGGAGCCCAGAGUGUUGCCCUCUACGCAGAUGUUAAUGGCAAACAGUUUCCUGUGACCAGAGGUCAGGAUGUUGGAAAAUAUCAGGUGUCCUGGAGUGUUCCCCACAAACAAGCAAACUCGGGCAUAUAUCAAGUGAAGUUCUAUGAUGAGGAGGCUUACAGCGCCCUGCGUAAGGCCCAAAGAAAUAAUGAAGAUCUAGAAGCAAUCAAGCCACUGUUUUCUGUCAAUGUAGAGCACAGGGGUGCAUGGAGCGGUCAUUGGGUGUCCUCUGAGGUCUUGGCAGCUGUCAUCGGCAUUAUUCUGUACUAUUUGGCUUACAGCACUAAAAGUUCAAUUCAGGCAUAAAGAUCUCAAUUAUGAAAAAGCAACUCCGUCAUGUAAACAUACUUCAUAACCAGGUUUUAAGUAUUUCUUGUACCAGCAGAUGCUCAUGUCUAAGUUUUGUAAGGAUUUUUUUUUUUUUUUUUAUGAUGCAGUUUGGAGAAAUUAGAGUAAUAACCUGUUAUUAGGUGUGGACUUGAUGUUCUGAGGACACAUUCUGGCUUUUGGAAUGUCUGCUUGUCAAUGAAAUUCAUUGAAUGAAUAAAAAUAAACAUUUUUAA